CAGUUCGGAAAAAUGUCUUUAAGAGUCGAGGAAUGUUUGGAUGCAGAAAUAUCUGUAAAAUUAUGGAACGAGCAAAAAAAUAAUGAUCAAACCAUUAUUUUUCAUGAUAAAUCCAUCAAAGGGGGAUUGGAGGUCGUUGGUGAUGUCAUUAAAUUGCUGGGAUGCAAAGAAUGA